GACUUCCUUCGUCACCUCCUUCUCCGGCGCCGUCUCCGAUCAAAAGCUCUCCGGUGAAAGUGAAACCUGCUUUUCCUGCUAAUUCUCCAGGAGCUUACCGUGGGAUAAUGAUCCGCAUAAGCACCGGUGCUCAUCGCCGUCUGUGUUUUCGAUUCUCAACUUUCGCUAGCUACGGCGAGCUAGAUCGAGCAUCUGCAAACCCUACUGUCUCCAAACCUCUCGUCUCGAGAAACAGGAACACAAUCCCGAUCCCCCACAGGAGCAACCCCGAACCCAAAGGCCAAGAUCUUGACUUCGUCAACGUCGCUCAUAGCCACCUGAUUCAAUCCGACUGGGACAAGCUCGAGAAGCUAUCGCACCACUUGGAUUCAUUCAGAGUCAAGAACAUACUACUCAAGAUCCAGAAAGAUUACGUUCUCUCUCUCGAGUUCUUCAACUGGGUGAAACACCAGAGCCCAGGCUCCCACUCUCUCGAGACCAACGCCGUUGUCCUCCACACUCUCACCAAGAACCGAAAAUUCAAAUCAGCAGAGUCCAUCUUGAGAGAGAUACUCUCAACCGGUGGAAUAGAUUUGCCUGCGACGCUGUUCGAUGCGUUGCUGUAUUCGUACAGGGAGUGUGACUCUACGCCUCGAGUGUUUGAUUCGCUUUUCAAAGCUUUCGCUCAUUUGAAUAAGUUCAGAAACGCUACGGAUACGUUUGUGAAGAUGAAGGAGUCCGGUUUCUUUCCAAAUGUCGAGUCUUGCAACGCUUACAUGAGCUCGCUGCUUGGUCAAGGAAGGGUUGACAUCGCUCUGAGGUUUUACCGAGAGAUGAGGCGUUGUAAGAUAUCUCCAAACACGUACACUCUCAACAUGGUUAUCUCCUGUUAUUGCAGGUCUGGGAAACUCGACAAGGGUGUUGAGUUGUUGCAAGACAUGGAGAGGUUGGGUUUUAAGGCUAAUAACGUGUCGUAUAAUACGUUGAUAGCUGGCCAUUGUGAGAAGGGUCUUUUGAGUUCGGCUUGGAAGCUUAAGAACGUCAUGGGGAAGAGUGGUUUGCAGCCUGAUGUGGUUACGUUCAACACUCUUAUUCACGGGUUUUGUAGAGAUGUGAAGUUGAAAGAAGCUAGUAAGGUUUUCGGGGAGAUGAAAGCGGUGAACGUGGCACCCAACACUGUUACUUAUAACACUUUGAUCAAUGGGUACGGUCAGCAGGGUGAUCACGAGAUGGCGUACCGGUUUUAUGAAGAUAUGGUCUUCAAAGGGAUUAAGCGUGAUAUUUUGACGUAUAACGGGUUGAUUUUGGGACUGUGUAAGCAAGCUAAGACGAAGAAAGCUGCACAUUUUGUUAAGGAAUUAGAUAAAGAGAGUUUGGUGCCAAACUCGUCGACCUUCACUGCGUUGAUAAUGGGACAGUGCGUCAGGAGAAACGCAGACCGUGGUUUUGAACUGUACAGAAGCAUGAUUAGGAGCGGUUGCCAUCCGAAUGAACAAACAUUUGAUGUCUUGAUGUCCGCCUUCUGUAAAAAUGAGGAUUAUGAUGGAGCAGCUCAGGUGUUGAGGGAAAUGGUCAGAAGAUCAGUUCCUCUUGAUUCAAGGACUGUUCAUGAGGUCUGCAAUGGACUAGAGCAUCAAGGGAAAGACCAACUUGCGCAAGAGUUGGUAAAGGAGCUGGAAGCCAAAAAGAGUCUUCAAGAACCUUUAGAACUAGAAUGUAAACAGGAUAAAAAUUUCGGGUUUCCGGCUGUUAAGAUUUGACUGAGUCACGCAGGGAAAGACAUUAUCAACAGCGAGGAGAUGUGAUCACAUAAGUAGAAGAGAGGCAAGAACCAUUGCAAAAACAGAGAGGAGAAGAGAUAGAGACAUAGAGUGAGUCGGGUUUGUUCACUAGGUGCUGGUGCACUGGUUGAUGGGGUUCCAGGGGUUGAGGUUGGGGCUUUUGCUGUAACCGGAGCUAGUGGUGGCUUAGUGACAUCAGCAUCUGUGAAUACCGGGUUUGGAGCAGGUGGAUUGGGGUCUUAGGUGAAUAAUGUAAAGGUUGAUACUUUAUGGGACUCUAGUGGUAAAAGAGGGCACAAAUUUGAAAAAAAACUUAUAAUGAAUUCAAUACAUUGAUUAGGAAUUGCCAAUUUCUCUUUUUGU